AUGUGGGUCUCACUCCUGUCUCCGUCACUGGUGGCCUUCUCCUUGCUCCUCAAAGUAGUCAUGGCAAAACCAUUUGUCCACCUGAUCUAUGCCCAUAACUCCACCUGCCUUGAUUUUGAAGCUGUCCCUGCCUGCUUCGGCCCACCACUCCCUGAAACAGGUCUCACAGGUUACCUGGUGGAGGCUGUACCUUCCAAUGCCUGCUACCCCAUUGAAGUUCCUCCAGCCUCCAACAGGACCCCUUCAGGCUUCUUUGUGCUCAUCCGUCGAUAUGACUGCCCCUUUGGCACCAAGAUCCUUCAUGCCCAGCAAGCUGGGUACCAAGCAGCCAUCAUCCACAACAUCUACUCAGAUCUGCUGGUGAGCAUGGCCAUCAAGAUGAAAGAGACCAGGCAGCAGGUUUUGAUUCCUUCUGUCUUCAUUGGGGGAACGGCGGCCAAGCUGCUGAGAAGGCAGGCCCAUUCUGAGAAGGGCAUCCAAGUCACAGCAAAGGUGCCUCGGGGUUAUUACAACCCAUGCUGGGAGGGCCGGGACAUCUCUGUUUGGGACCCAGCGCGGCAUUACUUGAGUUUUUGGCCAGGCUACUGCACCCAGCAAGUCAUCAUUGAGUUCUUCCAGGAGUUUGGGGUUCUAAUCCUGCUGGGAAUGUGCCUGAGCUUCCUGCUUUUUGCUGGCUGGAGGAAGUGGCAUCAAUGGAACAGCAGCAUCCGAGUGAAGACCUUCCGAAGAGGUGACAAGAAUGACUCCUGUGUGAUCUGCAUGGCCGAGUAUGAAGCAGGAGAGCGGCUGAAAAUCCUUCCUUGUGGCCAUGCCUAUCACAGCACCUGUAUCGACACCUGGCUCCUUAUCCAACCCAGGGCGGGGAAGACCUGCCCAAUUUGCAAGCAGAAAGUCAACCCAAACAUCUAG